CAUAAAUUAGAUUAUAUUUAAAGUAUAUCAAAAAAAUUUAAGUAAAAGAAAGAAGAAAAGACUUAUAUUAGGACUAAUAAUUUGUAAAAGCUUAACUUAAUACUAGUUAAGAUAAAUAUUUAGAGGGGUGAAGAGGAUUUUACUUAUAGCUAAAAGAUGAAAAUAAAUUUUAUAUGCCAAUUAAUACUAUUAACUUCAUCCUCAAUAAUAUUUGGAGUUGUUCUCAUUUUAUAUUUGUUUUAUGACAAUUUGUUUAACUCUCUUUUAUAAUGGGAAACAGAGAGCAGAGCUUGGAUAACAGCCACAGAGUAGCAGCGCUUGCAUAAUUCAGUUUACUCAAAUAAAAUCAUUUCUGAAUAAAAUACAAAUAAACUUUAUAGUCAAAUGUAUUACAUGAAGCAGCUUAUAAAGAAGUUCAAAGCCAAGAAAUAUUAAAAAAAUUAGAAAUCCAAUUUUUUAAUUUGCUCUUAUUAUGAAUACAAUCACAACUUGUGUGGAGAAUAAGUUUAUAAAUAAUAAAAAACCAAUGAAUUGUACGUUGAUUUAUAUUUUGAAAGAAAUAGAAAAUAAUACAAAUAGCUUGAUACCUAGCAAAAAGAAUUCUAUGACAUGAACCUUGAUUUCUCAUUUUUACCAAAUGCAAUAUAUAAUGAUGCUAAAAGAAAUUCUCUUUUUAGUGUUAGUUUUAUUUAUAAUGCUGAUGAUACUUCUUUGAUGGCUGGUAGUCCUUCUUUGAUAGAUAAUUUCUCUGAUGCUGAAUAUUAAACUUGCAAAGGAAAUAACUACCCAGAACCAUACGAUCCACGGUGUAGACCUUGGUAUAUAUACUCUCUUUAGCAUUUAGGUUAUAAUUUUUAUAAGCCCUAUGUUGAUGCAACGAAUUUUAAAGUUAUAAUGACAGUUUCUUCUUAAGUUUAAGAUUAGUAAGGAAAAUUUAUAUCUAUUUUAAGUAUUGAUUUUGGUAUAGAUAAUCUGAUUAAUAGUGUGUUCGCACAGUAAGAUUAAACAAACUAAUAGGCUUUUGAUUAAUAUAAUGUUCUUCUCCAUGAAGAUUAAACUACAGUUUUUUAUCAUAAAUUUUAUGAUAAUAAUUCUGGAGUUUUAAAAUCAUGGGGAGAUAUUGAAUUCAGUGGGUUAUUUAACUAUACCAAUGAUGAAAAAAUAAGCUUUUAAAAAUAAGUAAAUGAUUCUAUCUAAUUUAUGAAAUCAGGUAACUAUUCAAUUUAGGAAUACUAAAAUGUUCUACCUCUAUUUUAAUAUUGGACCAGAAACGGACAAAAAUAUGUGAGCUUAAUAUAUCCAAUAAUAAUGAACAAUAACCUCUCUUUAGUGCCAAAAUAAGAAAGAGGGACUUUUGCCUUUUCCAUUCUCAUUGUAGCCAAAGUUUCUAAAGACUAUAGAGAUUAACUUUAACUUUUUAAAGUGUUUGACAAUAAUUAAUUGAUUAUCCCUUUCAUAACAGAAGCUGUGCUCUUAGCCUUGUUUAUUAUAAUUUUCUUGUCGCAUUACGGAGUUAUUUAGAUUAGGCAAGUAUAUAUUCCUCUGAAACUUUUAAUUUAAUUUUUAAAAAAGACAUUAAAUUAGCAGUUACUAUCUGCAUGCUAUCAAAGAAACAACAAAUAAGAUUCAAACUAUCAACAAGAGUAACAUACAACUCCUAAAGAUAAAAAUAAUCUAAAUAUUGCUUAUAAAUAAUCAAUUUUAUAAACAAAAAAUAUGGCAAGAAGUGUUUUAUAGUAUAUUGAUAGCCCUUAAAAGAUGAGAAAGCAAAAUAAUUUUUAGAUGGAUUAGCCUCAUAAAAAAGUUAAAUUAAAAUAGGCAUAUCCUUUAAAAAAUAAUUCAAUCAACUAAUAAGCUAAAGAAAUAAUGAGCAUUACAGAAAGAGCUGAGAGUAACUUUAAUAUUAAUAACAAUAUCUUUGAUGCUUUAAAAUUUAAUUAAACUUAAAUUUUAACUACAAACCAUGACGAGGAAACAUUUAAAUCAAACAAAUAACAAUUUAAUUAAAUUAGAAGGAAUUUAAUCCAACAAGUUUACGAAAUUCCUUGUACCGAAGAAUAAAAAAGAAUAGAGACAAGUGCUUUACCUUCUCCAACCAAUAACAACUGUAUGUCUAAUCGAAUAGUCUAAGAAAUUCAAGAUAGUAAUACCUAUUAAGGUUUCUAAAAUCUGAUAUAGCAGUAGGAAAUACAUUUAAGAUCAGAGAAAAAAAAAUUGACAGGUGUUAUCUUAUCAAAUCAAAGCGAAUUUAGAAUUAACUCAUAAAGAGAACUAACUUAUUUAAAUUAAUUAAGAAGCUCUUAUAAUGAUAAAAAACAGUCUUAAUAUAAAAUUUAUGAAUCGAAAGAAAGUCCAAAUAUCAAAAAUAGCCCCUUCAGAGAUACAAAAUCUGAAACAUACUCGUUAUAUAGAAAAAAAGAGUAAAGUAUUCAGUACACAUAAGGCUCAGCUGAAAAGUAAGAAGACAUGGAGUAAAAUAUUGGUUAAAUUGAUCCAAUGUUUAAAGAAAUGGAUAUUAUUAAGGAAACAUUUGAGCAAUUAGAGCAAGUUAUUAAUUAUGCAAUCAGUAGCUCUCACAGCCACUCAAGCUUUAUUUAAAAUCUCCUUCAUUUUGCAAAUGCCAAAUCAACUUUUCAGAAAAUUUCAAACAUAAGUGGGCUCAACAGAUGCUAUUUUAACUUAGGUAUACUGAAUAUUUUAAAUGGAAAUUAUGAAUAAUCUAUAGAAUAAUUAAAUGCUUCUAUAAUUACAUCAUUGUAAGGAAAUUGUAUUUACAGCUUAGAAGAUUUUGCUCUUUGUUUAGAAAAAGGGUUGAUAAAUUACACUGACGAUUAGCUGUUUAUUUUUUCAAAAAAGCUUUUUGCUCUUUCUUAUGCUCAUAAGCAGAUUUUACUAACAACACUUAUAGACUAGAAUCUGUUUAAAUAAACGAAGACAAACGAUGAGAAAGCUUUAGCUAAUAAGAGCUUAAAAUAUUUAGAGUUGAUAGCAAAGAUAAUAUGGCUGAGACCUAACAUUUUUUAAAUUUUAUUUAGACUAGUUAUUAUAGUUGAGUUUGUUGAGUUCAAUCUCUUAUUGGAUCAUGUUUAAAUAGCUGAGAGUUACUUAGACGAGUUUGAUUAUAUUAUUCACAAUUAAAGUUAAUCUUAAUAAUUGUUCACAAUUAUCAAGCAAGCUUAAAGAAAGUCUUUAUCUCAAAAAAGCUUAUAAAGCUUUACAAGAGAAAAAAGAGCUACUCUUGAGUAAAUUUACUUGAAUCUGUAAUUGUAAAACGAAGACUCUGAAACUCUCAUUACCUAAAUCACAAUAAAAUCGCUCUUUCUACGAGGUUAAAUUUCUUUUUAUUAAAAGAAAUUCAAAGAUGCUGGAGAAUAUUUCACAUUAUGCAUAGAAGAAGGAAAAACAUAUGAAAGCGAAAUAAGGCACUCUUCACUACUCUUUCUGAAAUAAAUCUUAGAAGCCCAGAGUUUAUAUUCACUUGAAUUAGAUUACAUGUUAUCUUAAAUCAAUUAAAUGAAACUUUCAUAUGAUAUUAUUAUCAUUUUCGAUAACUCUUACACUAACAGCUUUUAUAUUAAAAACCAAAUUACAUAAAUAAAAAAUCUAAUAGAAAUGGGAUAUUUUAAAUAAGAAGACAAAAUUAUGAUAUUAAGUUAUGGAGAAUAACUAAAUAACAUUUAACACUUUGAAUAAAUCCGAAGUGCUAGAUAGUGGGACAUUAUUUUCCACUAAAUCCUUUAAAAAAACGCUAGUUGCUUAGAGUAUAAACUGGAUGAUUUAAGGCCAUACUAAGGUUUCAAAUUUAAUGAAGAUAAUUCCAAAAUUUUAUUAUCAGAAGCACUUAUAUUAGGUUUUGUGCAUUCUCAAGAAAUUAAUUAAAUAACAGCAAAUUAAUAUUAAAGUAAUAUUUUAUAAAAGAAUAGAAGAAAGCAAAUAAUUUCUUUUUCAAUAUAGGCUUAUGAUUAAUCAAUGUCUUUUUAUGAUCAGAUAUUUUCUUAGUAAUAAAAGGAUUUUAUUGAAAGUAAUAUUAAAAUUAAACCUGAUGUGUAUCAUCUGAAUUUGUAAAUAGAUGGAUCAUUUGAAGAUUAUUUUGAACAACCUACUCCAACUACAGUUUCUUAAAGCUACUAAAACUUUUAUUUAUAUUAAACAGAAAAUUAAUUUGUACAGUCUCUUUUUAAGUGCAGAGAUUAACAAAAAAGUUCAUUUCACAGCCUAUUCCUCUCUUUUAUUAGCAACUAAGAAUGA